GGGAGGCGGCGGAAGGGGUGCGCGUGGACUCUGCUGACCGUUGUCCCCUCCGCCAGGGCCCAGGGACAGCUCCCUCGCCGCCUCCUCUCCCCCACCCCCCCUCCCCGGCUCAGGUCACAUCUGCACAACACUGCCGGGGAGGGGGAGGAGCCCUCCAGCGCGGAACCCAGGCUCUUCACUCGGCCCGCCCUUAAGGGGCGUGGGAGGGCGGGGCCGCGGACUUCGGACUCCAGCCCCCGACGCUCCUCUUUCCCUGACGCCCUCAGCCAUCCCCAGCCUUGAGGGAGCCAUGUCCGCGCUACUGGGGCUCCGGCCGGAGGUGCAGGACACCUGCAUCUCGCUGGGGCUAAUGCUGUUGGUCGUGCUGUUCAUGGGGCUGGCUCGCGUGAUCGCCCGGCAACAGCUGCACAGGCCCAUGGUCCACGCCUUCGUCCUGGAGUUUCUAGCCACCUUCCAGCUCUGCUGCUGCACCCACGAGCUCCAACUGCUGAGCGAGCAGGACUCCACGCAUCCCACCUGGACACUGACACUGAUCUACUUCUUUUCCUUGGUGCAUGGCCUGACCCUGGUGGGCACAGCUAGCAACCCAUGCGGCGUGAUGAUGCAGAUGAUUCUGGGGGGUAUGUCCCCCGAGUCGGGUGCCGUGAGGUUGUUGGCUCAGCUGGUUAGCGCCCUGUGCAGCAGGUACUGCAUAAGCGUCCUGUGGAACCUGAGUCUGACCAAGUACCAUUACGACGAGAGGAUCUUAGCUUGCAGGGAUCCCAUCCACACCGACAUGUCCAAAGCGAUCAUCAUAGAGGCCAUCUGCUCUUUUAUUUUCCACAGCGCUCUACUGCACUUCCAGGAGGUCCGAACCAAGCUUCGCAUCCACCUGCUGGCUGCACUCAUCACCUUUUUGGCCUAUGCAGGAGGGAGUCUCACUGGAGCGCUGUUUAACCCAGCACUGGCACUUUCACUGCAUUUCCCGUGCUUUGAUGAACUAUUCUCUAAAUUUUUUGUAGUAUACUGGCUUGCUCCUUCUGUAGGUGUGCUGUUGAUGAUCCUCAUGUUCAGUUUUUUCCUUCCAUGGCUGCAUAACAACCAGAUGACUAAUAAAAAAGAAUAACUACCCCCAAAGACGCAAACGAAGUCACAGGACAGUCAAGCUGGAUGUGACAACCUGAGCACCUUUCAAACUGGAUUCGUCCUGUUUCAGCUUCCUUUGUGGAAGGUGUCUUAACAUUUUCACUACCUGGACUUAAAAUUACUGUGAAAAUGAGGCAGCCUGUAUUUCUCAGUUAAGAUUUGCUCUCGAGUGAUGUAUUAAAUGCUGCUAGAAAAGGCUCAUUCAUUAAACCUCUAUAAAUUCCAA